CUGUCAUGCUGUGUUCUUGUGUAGUAUAAUAGCAAAUACUUUUUCCACUUCAAUUCCAGGAAGAAAUAAGAUUCGACAGCUUAUUUUUUUUGGGUUUUUACCGAAUUGUCACUACUAAGAUAGUUAAGAGGUCUUUUUAAAAGGACAUUGGUGUAUUUAUUUAUUUGCAGCUGUAUUUGUGAAUUACUUCCUUUUAAGAAGCCAGCCUUUAAAGGGAAAAACAGGAAGUAUGAACAACACCUCUACAGUCAACACAUCGAGCAGAAACUUUUUUCAUCGUAGUCACGUGACGAUCAUCAUUCAAGUGACGUCACUGGUAGUCCUCGGUGUCGUCAUUAUACUUGGUAACCUGGCCUCCAUAGUGACGUUUGUUAAGACCCAGUCACUUCGCAGACGAUGUCACUAUCUUCUUAUUUGUCUUUCCGUAGCGGACUGUGGCGUCGGGAUUGUUACGUUAAUGAACACGGCGUUUUUUCUUACGAUUACGCAUAGCACGUAUAACCGUUGGCUAGAUUUUAUGGAUACGUUAACUGGCUUUGCGUCUAUUCUYACGUUAGCGGUGAUUUCCAUAGAGCGAUUCCGCGCUGUGUUUUUUCCAUUGAGACACCUUACUACCCGAUUCAAGUUUUACGCUUGCCUCUCGUCGUUCCCGUGGUCCCUAGCGGUCAUCAUUGCAAGUUUUAACUUCAUCUUCCCCCAAAGUAAAAAGCUUGGAUUUUGCUUUUUGGUUGUCAUAGCUACGAGUCUCUGCAUCAUCCUGUUCAACUACAUCACCAUUGUUAUCAAGGCCAUGAAAAGUCACCCAGACGCGCAGAAYAUUAAUCAAUCCUUGCGUGACAGGAGCCUMAUUGUCACGCUAUUGAUUGUCACACUGUCUUCUGUUGUCACGUGGCUUCCUGUAAAAUGUCUUUCAGCAGUGCUGUUUUUCUGCGAAACGUGUCAACGACCAAACAUCAAURUUUUCUUCACAAUGAAGUUUCUUCAAUUCUGCAACUCAGGAUUGAAUGUGUUCAUCUAUAUUUUAAGAAUGAAAGAAUUCCGCAAGGCGUUCCUUGUCCUAUUUUGUGGAAAGUCCAAUUAUGAGCAUCACAUUACUAAUGACGAAUUGAUUAAACUGCAAGGAAGGUCAACCAUAGCUUGACUUUUCGGUUGCACGCCUUUACCUAGCUAUGAUUCGAUGAUUAUUUCAUAAUUUUUGCAUCUUAAAGUUGUUUGCUCUCAUUCUAAUUGUACUACAAUCUGAUAACAGCUGUAUUUGAGUAACUUAAGAUACACCUAUCAAUUGUAAGUUAAAUACAUCGUAUUGCAAUAAAACGUUG